GCGGAAUAAUAGACUAGGGAAAACCACAGUCGAUGGACUGACUGACUGAAAACGGGGGAGUGAGUGGCAUGAGGCAGGCCGGACAUGGACGGAACUGAACGAGGUUUUUCGGAGGAGAAAGGAGGGUAGAGGAUGGAGGGAAACCCUCGCAUGCGUGUGUCGAUUGCGUGUCUGCCUGCCUGUCUGUGUGUCUCUGUGUGUGUAACAUUAUGCUAUUUGAAUUUUCCAUCCAUCACCAUCACUAUCGUUGCUGUCUACUGUGAUUUGCGCUUGCUCGCCCUUUACGUGAGCGACCUCAGGAGUCGUGAAUAUCUACAUAACGUACCUCACGAAUCUCAUUCACCAUCCAUCAUCCUAUCACGAUCCCGACCUCUUACCCAAGGUUUCCCCAAUCUUCCAUCUCACAACCCUCACACCUCACAUCCCUCGCUUAGGUCUCUGAAAGCUAUGGCAUACUGCCUGACAAGACCUGACAACCCCAGCCCACCACCCUCACGUCGAACUCCGCACAACUCCACUCGCCCACGGAGAAAAACAAUAAGAGAGAAAACACCCCGUACGUUUCAAAACUCCCCAGGCAAACAUCGCCAUCAGCAAAGCAAACAAACAAAACAAACAAACCCCCACUGCACCCUCGCACGAGAAGGGAAACCGACUCACCCAUUCACCCAAAAAGAAACGAAGAGGAUCUGUAAGGUAGGGACAUAGAGCGCACGUGCAGCUUACACACACUUCUCCGUCGUUCCUACGAUCACGAAAAGCGGGAUCUGACCGGUGUUGUGGGGUUGGGGUCAACGAUGUUCUAGAUGGGCGGAUGGAUGGGGUUGACGGAGUGGCUGACAUGUUCGUGUAGACUUACGCCAAGGUAAGGUUGGUAGGGUUGGUAUGGUUGGUACCUGCAUGUGAGGCUCAGGGGUGUGUGGCUUGU